AUGGAUGUCUCUAAUGCUUUUCUCCAUGGUGUUCUUCAUGAGGAAGUACAUAUGACUCAACCUCCACGUUUUAUUGCAGCUUCUCAUCCUAUUAAAGUCUGUUUUCUUGCAAGCCAUUGUGAUUCCUCUCUGUUUGUCAAAAAGACUACUUCUUCUAUCACUAUUCUCAUCAUCUAUGUAGAUGACAUUUUGCUCACUGGACUCAUUCGUGAUUCUUCCUUGACUACAACCAAUAGUGUAGAAUCGGGGGGUCACAAAGCUGGUAUGACAAAUUGUAAGGCUACUGCUUCUCCAAUGCCUACCAAGUCACCCAUUCUGCCCACAGCAGAUCUUCCCUUUGAUCAACCUGCUUUGUAUCGAAGUCUUGUUGGUGCACUUCAAUAUUUGACAAUCACACGCCCAGAUCUUGCUUUUGCUGUGAACUCUGCUUGUCAACACAUGCAUUGUCCUUUGAUUAGCCAUUUUAAUGCUGUCAAAAGGUUGCUGAGGUUUCUCAAAGGAACUCUUGAUUGUGGUCUCCAGUUUCAACGAGGUCCUCUCACUCUCAAUGCCUUCUCUGAUUCAGAUUGGGCUGGCAAUGCUCUGGAUCGCAGAUCUACUACUGGGUUUUGUGUUUUUCUUGGUCCCAACUGGAUUUCUUGGUCUUCCAAGAAGCAACCCACGGUUUCUCGAUCUUCCACUGAGACUAAAUAA